AUCCACUCAACCUCAAAGAUCGAUGGGAGGCAAUGUUCCUUACUGCUGCUUCAUUGUUUCUCUUUAGAACUUAAAUGACUGACUGAAUGGCAUUCCCUGCCAUUGCGUUGGCUUUCCUCCCCCUCCUGCUGACGCUGCUCAUUCGAUACCGUUUCUACUUUGCGUUGUUCUACCGAGCGGUCCUGGUCCGCCUUUGGAAGGACUGUGUCACCGGUCUGAGCCGUGAGGAGCGAGCCUACCAAUAUGUUCUCACCCACGCCACACCCGGGGACCCUGACAGCAUUUUGGACACUUUUGACGAGUGGUGCAGCAAGGUGGAGUACAUUAGUAACAUUGGACCAAAAAAGGGGAAGAUCCUGGACAGGCUGCUGAUGGAGCAGAGUCCUCUAACAGUCCUGGAGUUGGGGACACACUGUGGUUACAGCACUGUGCGUAUGGCCCGAGCUCUACCACUGGGUGCCAGGAUCUACAGUGUUGAGAUGGACCAGAGGAACGCUGCCAUAGCUGAGAAAAUCAUCCGCCUGGCCGGCUUUGACGACGACACAGUGAGAGGGACACAAUCAUCUUUACUACUUCGAAUUGGAUCUGUUCAUAUGUUGACUUUUGGAACUAUGAAACAUGUUAUGUUUCUCAUCAAUCAGGUAGAGCUGAUUGUGAAUCCUUCAGAUGAAGUCAUCCCACGCUUGCGGUCUGACUUUGGUUUGGAGAGGCUUGAUUUGGUAUUCAUGGACCACUGGAAGAAAUGCUACUGUGCUGAUCUGCAGAUGUUGGAAGGUUCCGGUCUGCUCGGGAAAGGAUCUAUAAUUCUGGCUGACAACGUGCUGUUUCCAGGCGCUCCCAAAUUUCUCCGACACAUUCGCAAGAGUGGCUUGUAUGAGUGGAAGAUCCACCGCGCCACACUGGAGUACAGCAAGGGUAUCAGAGACGGGAUGGCAGAACUGGUGUAUCAGGGGAUCAACUAGACCAAUAGUUAAGUGCAAUAGGCUCAAGAUAAAACAACAUAAAUCUGCAUAAAUGACAAAGGUUAAUUGAGCAUGAUUCUGGUGUACAAAAUGAAAUAUAUUGGGCAUCUCAGUGUUGGGUUGUCCACAAAUCUCAAAUGAAGGAUAUCCAAUACAAACUCAGCAUCUGUAAAGGUUUAAGUAAAAUUCUUGGAGGGCAUGACAAAAUCGCCCCAAGCAUUCUGAGGCCAUGCAGUCAAUCAUGCCUGUUCUGUUGAUGCAGUCUUUGCAAUUUUUUCUUUACAUUUUGCAGUUCCAAAUCUCUUUCCAUAAUUAAUCCUUAAAGUUUCUGUUUACAGCCAGUCAUGUUCGUGACCUGUUGCUUAUUAACCCAAGUUGCCUCAUUGCGUAAUGUCCCUCCAUCU